CGCCGACCCGAACACAAAAAAGCUCCCCUCGCGCUAAGGGAGCGAGGGAGCCAUCUCGGAUGCGACGACGCAUGCAAAUCUAAAGAUCGACUGACAUGAAGCAUCAGCCCAUCCUCAGCUCUCCAUGACACAAAGUUCUUCCACCCUUGCGCCCACCGAUCGGCCCAUCCAUCCAUCCAUCCAUCCAUUCCAUCCAUCCAUCCAUCCAUCCAUCCAUUCCAUCCCAGUGCACAUUCGUUCUCUCCAGCCACACCCAGACAUCCACAUCGAGUCAGUCACUCAGUCAGUCAGUCAAGUACUCACUGUCUCUGCAGCACGUCCAGCCGCUGGGCCGCCACAGCACUCGCCGCCAUGUAGGGAGCGUCCUUUAGCGGCAAGCCGUCUAAUGCAGCCUACAACACACCAGACAGACACACACAUGUAAGAGAGCAAUGUUGGGCCUCCCGGAUCGAUGCGCAGCUGUCGAGGCACCUUCACAAGCAGCAGCUGGGGUUUGUUGAGCUGCGUGAUGAUCGAGUUGGCGAUGUCGCUGCGCUUGUCUUGGAAGGCCAAAUACAGCUGCUCGGCCUGUCAGUUAGUGACAUGGACAAACAGACAUCGAUCCGAUCAUGCCAGCAACGUCCAUUUCUCUUCUCGAUCGCAUUCAUACGUCUCCAUGUAGACGUACGUACCAGAUGUGUGGCCAUCUGCUGGUCAGCCUGAUUCGUCUGCGCCAGUGUGGUGCCGACAGCAUGAUUAGCUGAAGAUGCUGCCGACAUCGGCACACUCACUGCUGCUUCCGAUUUGACAGUCCCUGCAGUCGUGUCUCUGUGCUUGUCUUCCCUCUUUUCCUCCUUCCUCUCAACCGACGCGGUCUCAGCUGUCUUGCGGGUCAUGUCAGUGAGCGACCUGAGCGCCGCAGCAACGUUCUGCACCUCCUCGGCCACCCGAUGGUCGUUCACCAGACCCCUGGGAAAACAAAGACGAGACGCCACUCGUGUCUCGCGCCUUAUCCCAUUUAUCACCUAUGCGUCAUUACCUGACGGCCAUGGCCAUGUCGUCUAGCGCCAUUUGCUGGGAUGUGAGGCCGAGAAGAGACGGAACAGUCGAGGUGGUUGAAUUGUGUGGCGCGGACGCCGGUGGCAGGGGCUGUGACUGGAGCAGCACCAGACUUCGGAGGGCGGCUGCCGUGUCUGCUAUCAGCUGCGUGUCGGCGUGGCUGGGCGGGCCGCCCAGUGGCGAAGAACUGGCGGCGCUCGGCGUGCUGAACGUCUUGAGCGCCCUGGCAGUAUCGUGGAGGGCCUUCUGACGAUUCGGAAGCACGAUGUCCUCACCAGCAGCCUGAACACACGCCAACGAGCGAGGAGACAAUGCGAGUGCCAAUCGCGACCGCGCGCUGACCCCCUUGGCGGCAUCCAGGUGGUCUCUCUCUUCCCCAACGAGCGACCUCAGCGCCGAUGCGGUGUUGACGGUCUCAUCGUCCAUCCGACCCACAUGCCUUAUAGACGUCCGCAGCGCCCCAGCCACAUUGUUGACGGCCGACUCCCUGCCAGACACAGCCAUCAGCUCCUCUGCCUUGAGUGCCUCCAGCUGGGUGCUGUUGCCCGAGACACCUUGCCGACCCUGCCUGCUGGUUGUGAACAGGUCCAGGAAAGAGAGAGUCAUCUGCUGCUGCUGCGGCUGGUCCGGCGUCAAGUGCAUCACAGCGAGGGAAACGAGCGCCGCUGCCGUGUCUUUGACGAUGAGGGAGCCGCCCAUUCCCUGCCCGAGCGAGUCCGAAGCCAAGUCUUUCAGUGCAGACGCAGUGUGGUGCAGCGCCCCUUGUCUGUCGGUCAAAAUUCUCUCUAUGGUCGACAAGCUUGUCGACGAAGAGGCCUGGGACGCCUGCAGGUGGGAGGGCUGCGUGAGCUCAUCGAUGUGCCGCAGUAGCGAAGAGUAGCGGCCCAAGUUGAGUGAUCCGAGUCUGCCAGUGUCCACAGCAGUCGAUUCUGCAGCGAGAAACAGGAAGACAGCAAAUAGUGCGAUGGGCAUGUGGGGUGUGGAUGUCCGGGGGAGCAGCCGAUGGAGCAGAAAGGGAUGGAAUGGGGAUAGGCUGAGACGCCGAGACUGAGACUCGGGUAAAGAAGGCAUUGGAAUGAUCAGGAUCAGUGCAAAUGGUGUCAAGGGGGCAUACAGGCAGCCUCCCAGUGUCCUAAGCAGCCGAAAAAAAGGGGCGGGCGGAAAAGCU